CAUUAGUCAGAGUGGGCGGGGCCUCGCGCCGCAGCUGCGCGGUGAGAGGGGAUGGUGGAGGCGGAGGCGGAGAGUCGGAGUGUGGUCGCCCGAGAUGAAGUCGUGGGCGGUGGGAGCCCGGCUGCCGCUGCUGCCGCGGCUGCUGCUGGUUCUCGGAGCGGCCGAGUGGGCGCUCGGGGCUCAGCGCCGCUACACCCCGGACUGGCCGAGUCUGGACUCCCGGCCCCUGCCGGACUGGUUCGACCAGGCCAAGUUCGGGGUGUUCGUGCACUGGGGCGUGUUCUCGGUGCCGGCCUGGGGCAGCGAGUGGUUCUGGUGGCACUGGAAGGGCGAGGGGUCGCCGCAGUACCAGCGCUUCAUGAGCGACAACUACCCACCCGGCUUCAGCUACGCCGACUUCGGGCCGCUGUUCACGGCGCGCUUCUUCCUCCCGGAGGGCUGGGCCGACCUCUUCCAGGCCGCCGGGGCCAAGUAUGUAGUCCUGACGACAAAGCAUCACGAAGGCUUCACAAACUGGCCGAGUUCGGUGUCUUGGAACUGGAAUGCCAAGGAUGUGGGGCCGCAUCGUGAUUUGGUUGGUGAGUUGGGAACCGCCGUCCGGAAGAGGAACAUACGCUACGGACUGUAUCACUCACUCUUCGAAUGGUUCCAUCCACUCUACCUACUUGAUAAGAAAAAUGGCUUCAAAACACAGUAUUUUGUCUUUGGGAAAACAAUGCCAGAGCUAUAUGAACUUGUGAACAGGUAUAAACCUGACUUGAUUUGGUCUGAUGGAGACUGGGAAAGUCCUGAUUCUUACUGGAACUCCACAGAUUUUCUUUCUUGGCUCUACAAUGACAGCCCAGUUAAGGAUGAAGUAGUGGUAAACGACCGAUGGGGUUUUAACUGUUCCUGUCACCAUGGAGGAUACUACAACUGCGAAGAUAAAUUCCAGCCAUCAAGUUUGCCAAAUCACAAGUGGGAGAUGUGCACCUCCAUAGACAAGCGGUCCUGGGGCUACCGUCGCACUAUGUCGAUCUCUGAAGUUGCAAGUGAAUCGGAAAUCAUUUCGGAACUGGUCCAGACAGUAAGUUUGGGAGGAAACUAUCUUCUCAACAUUGGGCCAACUAAAGACGGACUGAUCCUUCCCAUCUUCCAAGAAAGGCUGCUCGCCGUUGGGAAGUGGCUGAGCAUCAGUGGGGAGGCCAUCUAUGCCUCUAAACCAUGGAGGGUACAAUUGGAAAAGAACGAAUCUGUAUGGUAUACCUCAAAAGAAUCAGCUGUUUAUGCCAUUUUCCUGAAAUGGCCAGAAAAUGGAGUCUUAAGCCUUAAAUCCCCCAAAACUACCUCCGCUACACAGGUAACGAUGCUGGGAAUCCAGAAAGAUCUGAAGUGGUCCACAAAUCCACCCGGAGGUCUCCUCAUUUAUCUGCCCCAGUUACCACCCUCUGCUCUUCCAGUUGAGUUUGCGUGGACCAUAAAGAUGAUGGGCGUGGAGUGAUCAUUGAGUUCAAGAGGAAAGCAACACUGCCUGCUGCUCAGUUUUGAUUUUCUUCUUGCAGUUCCAUCAUUGAAAUAACCUACUCUUCUCUACCCAGAGAUGGCUUUUCCUACAUACCUUAAUCAAAGGAACUGAGUGCACUGCUCUAUCAGUGGAUCAAAGAUCUGAGCCACCUUGCUGGCAUACCUCUCUCAUCAGCAGAAGAAGGAACUAACCAGUUAAAGCUCUCUGAGUCCAUUCUUCCCGAACUUUGGACAUUAUCUACAGUGGAAUCUCCCCUCCAUUCUCUGUUUGAUAACCGGCUUGCUUAAUGCCUUCGGGUAAAGAAUAAGCCAGUUCACCUUGUUGCCUAUGGGAGAAGGUUUAAAGGGUUUGGCAAGCUCAACCACAUGCUAUUUAUUUAGCAUCGACUGUCACCAGCUCCCCCUGAAAGAGCAGGAGAGCCUGGAGGGAAAAGAAAGGCAUGCUAGACUAAUAGCUCUUCAGAAGUUUCCAAAGCCAACUAAGGGCUCUGAAAUUCAGUCUGUGCAGUGAUACUAUGAAGAAAAUGGAUGUGAUUCUGCGCUGCUUUUUAAAAUAUAAUCAAAUAAAUAAAUUUUAAUGUCAAAUGAUUUCUACCAAAAAACA